AUGGCACUCUCUAAGCUCCUCAUCGCCUCGUUGGCGACGUCCGCCUCGGCUGUCAAGCUUUGGGUUUCUUCAUACGCCCCGGAGGGCUCCACAGUCGGAGCUGUCAGCACCCUCGAAUUCACGCCCGGCGUAGGCGGGGGCUCUCUCAAGACUCUCUCUGAGAACAAGGAGUGCGGAAGCGCACCCACAUGGCUUGAUCUUGCCAUUGGCGGCAGCCGAAUUGUUUGCACAAACGAGGGCUGGCAAGACGCAGCUGCGACAUUGAACACCCUCCUGAUCAACUCGGACGGCAGCCUCACCAAGAGCUCGACGACGAACUUGCCCUUCCAAGGCCCUGUGUCUACGCAAUUCUUCAACAACAACGGAGCUGUUGCUGUGGCUCACUACGGCGGCUCCGCCAUCACGAACCUGAAGGUCAAUGCCAAUGGCUCAUUCUCGGUUCUCCAGGAAUUCAACUUUGCGGGCCAGCCCACGGGUCCCAAGCCCCAGCAGGAAGCACCCCAUGUUCACCACUCCGUCAUUGACCCCACGGGCAAAUUCAUCGUCUUCCCCGAUUUGGGCUCUGAUCUCAUCCGCAUCUACGGCAUCGAUUCCUCCUCCAAGCUCACCGAGCAAAAGUCCUUCGUAACCGCACCCGGCUACGGACCCCGCCACGCAGCUUUCUGGCAGCCAAAGACCAGGAACUACGGCAAGAAGGCGCCCACAUACCUCUUCGUCAUCAACGAGCUUGUCAACAAGGUCACCAGCUACCAAGUCAGCUACGCCAACAGCACCCUCACCCUCAACCAGAUCCAGGAGCAAAGCUCUUUCGGACCGAACCAGGCCACGCCCGCCGGCGCCGCGGGCGGAGAGAUCUCGGUCUCCCCUGACAACCGCUUCGUCACCGUGUCCAACCGCAAGGCCCCCGUCUUCAAGGUUAAGAACCCCAACCCCAGCAACUCCACCCAGAUCGACUCCGACUCCCUCCUCGUCCUCAAGCCCAGCGAUGACGGCAAGUUGAGCUUCGUCCAGCUCGCUCCCUCCGGCGGCCUCACCCCUCGUCACUUCGCAGUCAACAAGGCUGGAAACUUGAUCGCCGUCGGCAACCAGGACUCUGCCAGCGUCGAGAUCUUCGCCCGCAGCGCAGAGUCUGGCAAGAUCGGCGCUCAGAUCGCUACCCUUCAGAAGAUCUUCGGUAGCCCCAACAACAUUGUCUGGGACGAGAAAUAG